AUGAAAGGGUUAGGUGCCAAUCGCAGCCGUCACCUGUCGGACUCCUGUGAGCCAUCGGGGGGCCCCCAGAAGCCCCUGUACCCCUUGACCUCUGACCCCCAUGGUCCCUUCCUCCUGAGCCCCACCAUGAACCACUACGGCACCUUGGACCCCCACCAACUCCACCACUACCAGGCCUCCAACCCCCAACCCCUGCAUCCGGAGUGCCUACUGCCCCUGAACCAGAUGUCCAACAGCAGCACCUUCCCCCGCCUCCACAUCACCUCCCAACCGGAACAGUCUGACUACUCCCAGGGCUGCAUGGUCCCUGCCGGGGGCGGAGGUAGGCCUGGUGGCAGCCGGGUGGGCACCCUGUCCACCUCCAUGUCAAUGGGCAUGGGCAUGGGUCUCAGCGGGGCUCCCAUGAUCACAAGUGGAUCAGCUACCAUCUCUUCUGCGGCAUCGGCCAAGAUGAACCGGCUGCCAUCUAACCUGCUAGACCAGCUGGAGAAGCACCUGCCCCUGCAGAGGGAUGGCUUCAGUACCCUACAGUUCCACCGGGGCAGGGUGGCCAAGCAGCGCAGCGAGAGUCCCGGACGGAUCCGCCACAUCAUGCACUCUGUCCAGAAGCUAUUCAACAAGUCCCAGUCGCUGGAGGGCUCGGUGGUCAAGGGCAACAUGAACAACACUACAGGGGGAGGUGAGGAGGGGACCAGGCAGACCUGCAGGAGUAAGAGUAAAGACAGGGCUAAGACUGAGACGCUGAAGCAGCGACCUAGCAGGCAAAAUGCACUGGGGCUUUGGAGCUCAGACGAUGCCCUGGAUAGUGACACAACCACCAAAGUUGGCACUAUCGCCGUGGGCUACCGUAACCCACUUAGCAUGAUGACGUUAGGCAGGGCAGUGUCUGACAGCCAGGCUCCUCCCAGGCACCUCCCACAGGGCUACAACACCAUCUCUGCUCACACACUCAAGGCCUCCAAGAGCAGCAGCGACCUCAAGUACCUGGCCUGCCCGCAAGCAAUGACAGGGACCAGGGGUGGGGAGCUGGUGGGAGGAGGAGGCAGAGAGAGCACCCUGGUGAAGCGAGGCUCCUGGUCCACACUGACCCUCAGCCAGGCCAGGCAGGUGCUCCAGAAGGGUUCAGCCACUGUCAACAGGACGUUGCUCAAAUCCAAGUCGUGUCACCAGGACCUGACCUGUCAGUACCUCCAGGUAGGAGGCCCAGUUCCACUAGGGGACUGGAGUGCUACGCUGGGGGGCCGGGGCCGACCCAGGGGCCUUGAGAUCCCCUGCCGGAGGAUGCGUAGCGGCAGCUACGUCAAGGCCAUGGGGGACGUGGACCAGGACAGCGAGGACUCAGAGGGAAGUCCUAAACCCUCGCCCAAAACAGCUGCCCGCCGCCAGAGCUACCUGAAGGCCACCCAUCAGUCCCUGAGCGAGCAUCAGCCUCCACCACCACACAAUUGUCUCCCCUCCCUGAGAGAACUCUCCACCAAUCGGAGCCUGGACAACCUGGACUGCCUGGUGAGCCCGUGUGAGCCCCCGAUGGCCAUGCGGCAUUGGGACGAUCGCAGAGACUACCACCAAGGCUAUGCUACCCUGGGCAGGGCCAUGAUGAGCAGUGGUCAGGUGUGUGGGCAGGGCUGUGGGCGCUCGCUGUACUGCGAGGCGGAGUCCCAGGCGGUGGAGGCUCUGGACCUUCCCACGCCGACGUACUUCCGCUCCCGCAGCCACAGCUACCUGCGGGCCAUCCAGGCUGGCUGCUCCCAGGAUGAGGACACCGCCUCAGUGGACUCUGAUUCACCUCCACCCACCACCACCGGCUGCACCCAUAUCUCCAGCACCAGUGGACUCCAAUCCCUUACUUCAAGGGUGUCACUCCCUAGGUGUGUAAGCAGCUCCUGUAAGAAGGGCCCACCUCCGGUCCCUCCGCGCACCACCUCCAAGCCCUACAUCUCUGUGACGGUGCAGAGUAGCACAGAGUCAGCCCAGGACACAUACCUGGACCAACAGGACCGCCGCAGUGAGGCCAACAGCCAAUCAGGACGCAGCAACUCCUCCGAUAGCCUCUGCAGCCUGCGUACAGGCAGCCUGGCCAAGGGCUCUCAACCCCGGGCCCCAGCCCCCGUCACUGCCCCUGUUCCUGCCCCAAGGGAAUCCCACCCACUUCCCUUCUUCAGCACCACCACAAGUACCGCCACCCAGGUCGAGCCCCAGAAUGACACUCUAAACCCAGGCCCCAGCCUCACUCCAGACCAGUCCCUAACCCUUCCAGAGCCUGUUCCCACAAAGAGGAAGCUCUCGUCUAUCGGCAUCCAGGUGGACUGCGUUCAGCCAAUCCAGAGAGCGGUUCAACCGCCCCCCUCGACCAAGUUCCAGUCUAUUGGAGUGCAGGUGGAGAACGGCAGGCCACUCAGCCGGGCCAGCAGCAUGGCCUCCAGACAGAACACAGAGACAGAGCCUCAGGACUCUCAACAAGACGCCCAUCCCUCAGAAAACAACAGAGCCAACUGCAACAGCCAGCCGGUAGAUCCCGCCCCCGCUGCCUCCAACGGUGAGGACAGCGCGAUGGCAUGGCAUCCUCCCAAAUAUGCCCCAGUCCCGGCCAGAGUGUCUGCCUCCCUCCCAGAGAGAAUGGACCCGGCCCUGGACCCCUCCUCCCUGCCCCCUCCAGACCCCAGCUUGGAGAGCGGCAAUGGCAGUGUCCAGGGAGAUGCACCCCAGCCCGGCACGCCCACCUGCCUCCGGGACGGCAACUGGUUCCUCAAACUACUACAGGCUGAGACUGCACGAAUGGAGGGCUGGUGUCAACAGAUGGAGCAGGAGACCAAAGACAAGGACAUCUCAGAGGAGGUGAUGGGGACGAUCCGCAGUGCAGUGGGCAGUGCCCAGCUCCUCAUAGCCCAGAAGUUCCAGCAGUUCAGAGGACUCUGUGAUGAGAACCUGAAUGUGAAUGCCAACCCUCGGCCCACAGCCCAGGAUCUGGCAGGGUUCUGGGACCUCCUGCAGCUCUCUGUAGAGGACAUCAGUGUCAAGUUUGACGAGCUCUGGCAACUCAAGGCCAACAACUGGCAGCUGCCAGAGAAGAAGGUGGAGAGGAAGGUUAUUCCCCCCUCUGUGCCAAAGAAGACGUCCAAGCUGACCCCUGGGAAGAACCGGAGCGUGGACUCUGUGGUGGACAAGCAGCGGCAGGAGGCCAGAAAACGCCUGAUGGCGGCCAAACGCGCGGCGUCUGUACGACAGAACUCUGCCACGGAAAGCUCAGACAGCAUUGAGAUUUACGUCCCCGAGGCCCAGACACGCCUCUGAGAACAGACCGCCACCGGCACUCUGCUCCCCCAUGAAGGAACAGCCUCUCUCACCCACAUAUACACUCACACACUCUAGCUAACACACACACACACACUGCUCCCCAUGAAGGAACAGCCUCACACAUGCACUAGACACACCCAGGGGUACAGAGCCCGGUCCCCAAAUGGCAGCGCAGCAUACAAUCAGAGUAGAACCCAGGAGAGCACAGGCAUGCUAAAAAUACAGAACAAUGCAAAACCACUUCCUUCCUGGCUGCCAUGGAGAUGGAGACCUCAACAGACAUUUAAUACUAUUGUUAUUACUAUUAAUAUUAUAAUUAUUAUUAUCUCCUCCUGAAAUACAUCAAGACUGUCUUAAAUGUGCAUCUUGGAUAAAAGGACAUCCUUAUUCCUUGUCAGCUGAAGAAUCUUGGUAUCCCAGAAGUUUACUCUCUUCUCACCCCCUCAAUUCUUCUGAGUCUGCGAGCUGGGCUGGGCUAGUCCAGGCAGCCUCUCUUGUUUACCACACACACUCAGGAUGCACACAGGUGUACUCAUUCACUGUCCACACAGUCUUCCUAUUUUCUCUUUGUAUUAGGCUGCCACUCCAUUGGUUGUGGACGAUAAGCUUUACUCUGUAUGGAAUCUAUAUGCGAUGGUGUUGUCGUGUACUAAGGAAGACCGUAGCAUUCUAUCUAUCUCAAACUGGUUACCAUAAGAGUUUUGUAAAUGUUCUUUACCAGAUUGUCUGUUAGACAAGGUCCAGUGUUCAGUACUAAGGUAGUUUUUCUAUAGACCAAGUACAUGUACUGUCAUGAUGAUAUUCGCACAUGAUGCAAUCAUUCUCUCUCUCAUAAACACGCACUAUGCUGUCUGUCGGUGUCUGUGCAGACUCAUGUUUUACGUCUUCUAUGCCCUUUUGAGGGAAGAAGAGAGAUUACCAGGGCCAGUUGAUGUGCGUUAAGGUAGGAAUGUAAUAUGCAUUGAAAAUAACUUGAUAACUGCACCUUUCACGCCACCUGUUUACCUGGUUACUUUACCCAUAUUUGUUGCAGGGGGCCAUGAGGUAUUGUGCACCACUUAAUUACAACAUUCCCUGUUUCCUACUCAACCUCCAGUACAUUUGAAUCAGAAAGUGGAAUCAACUAUAAGCUCUCCUCUUUUCCUGAUUACCAAGACUGGUUUAUUUUCAGUGGCGUAGGCCAGAGCUCUGCCAGUGGUUUUGGGAGACAACUCGUAUAAGCAAUAAGUAAAAUGGGAUGUUUGAACUAGCAAUGUAAAAAUGAUUCCGAUGCCCAGUCAAAAAGCAACAACCCCUAGCCCCUAAACUUUCAGUGUUCUCAGAUCUGAAGUGAUAGGUGAAAGUCAAACAAUAUGUGAUGAGUCUACCUUGUCUUACAAUGUUCCAUGAGGAGCUUCAACUAUUCUUCGUCCUCCUGUCUAAUGCUUAGGCUAUGAGCUGUUUUCUCCAGAUGAGCCCUCAGUCACUUAACAAGCCAACAGUCGAACGAACCAUAACAGCGCUUUGGUCGUCAUACACCAUUAAUAUCCACUACUUCAUUGGUCAAAGCCUUAACACCAACUGUCAAAUUAAUAAUGAUCCAAAAGAAUGACAACAUAGCAUACAUUAUAAACUAAGAAAUGCAUUUGCUAUGUAUCACUUAUCUGUGCAGUUGAAAAGGUCUAAGAAUGUAAAUGUUUCAGACUAUGCUCAAGCUGAAUUAAUGUACUCUUAUUAUGGUGUCUGGCUGGCAGGUUGACCUCUUAUUCCUGUGUACAGAUAGAGGCACAUUGUGGGGAUAAUUUAAAAAAACAAUUUGUAUGAGACAUUUUCUGUGACUGGUUUGAAUUGACCAUGCAGUCAGCCAAAACACACUAGACUGUUUUGACCUGUGCCACAGGUUAUAUUGGUCUUUUUCUGGAUUUGGAGAGAAUUGAUGGUGCUGUAUAGGAUUGUACUGCGAUGGUGUGGAGUUUGAAUGCCUUCCUAGAGAAACAUGUCAACAUCACUGAAAAAGAGGUGUAUUCACACUAUCACACUACAGCAUACAUGUGUAUAUGAGCUUUCAGCUUUGCAUUUCUCGUAACAUGAGUCAUUUUUCUCAUGAUUCGCCAUGUUCCACUCAUUCGCUGAAUUCCAAAUCAACCCUCUAGCCUAGGCACUCCUGUUAGAUCUGAAAUGAUUGGAUAGGUAUGGAGAAAGUCCACCCAGUCUGUCAGAAGCAAAGAACCUCUGAUCAGAAGGCAAAGUGCCGCGAUUACAUUUUUGCACAAAGCUAUGCGAGGGAUUGAUUUGGAAUUUUGAAAAAUAUUUGCAAUUUCAGGAUCUCAAUGCAACUUGUCCCCUUGAAGAGCUGGCUCUCCUCCUAAAUAACACCUGUGCCACAACAAGGCUGCCCUCAAAGUGCUCGUGUGAUCCACAGUCAGUUUUGUAUUUUUAGCUCAUAAUGUAAAAUAUGGCAAUUAGUAGAACUGGGAAAGCAGCUGAUGCAGGGGCACCAGUAUGUUAAUUAUUGUUUGUUUAUUUGUAAUACAUCAUACGGACGUGUACAUUUCAUUGUCCAAAGAAAUCAUUAAACAUCCCUUUGUUACA